CAGAGGGAAGUCACGAGUGAUUCUUCUUCUCCCCUUGCGACGCAUCUCUCAGUCACUGAGCAACUACCUACUUUCCCUCCACUCUAACAAGUCCUCUUCUUGACCUUGAUCGUAUCUGAAAGCAGCCUCUGGAUUCUUGCUGCAAGUGACUUUAUAUUCUGCUCCCUUCCACCAGUUUCUACCCUGAUCUACUCGCUCUCAAUUCCCGCCACUACACAAUGGGUGACAACAACAUGGGCGCGACCCUGGGCGACCAACCCUCUGGCAAUGCCCCUGGUGCACUUGACAAGGGCAAGGGCAAGUCCGUCGAGGACCCCACCUCCCAUGAAAUGAGCGUCGAUGAGGACGACAGCGAGAGCGAACCCGAGGCCGAAGAAAUUGUUGAAGAUGAAGACGAAGAUGACGGAGGCAACCUCGAGCCCAUCUCCUCUGAGAAUAUCAUCAGCGGAGGCCGACGGACGCGCGGAAAGACCAUUGAUUUCCAGGAAGCGGCCGAGAAGCUCAAGGCGGACGAGAUGAGCGAUGAUGACGACGACGACGAGGACUUCGUCGCUAACGACGACAAUGACGAUGGAAACAAGAUGCGCGAUUAAAUGCGGCAACUUUACGAAACUAUCAAGGACAUGACUUGGGAAUGGGGAAUGCGAAGGGAAAACUGAAUGGCCGGCGCAGGGUUUCUUAGGGGGUCUUUUAUUGUUCCAGACCGAUCUUACUUUCCUCCGAUUGAAAUCUCACCGGACAGCAUGAGGCUAUGAAUGCAUAAUGAUUAAUUCGCCCUUUUUUUUUCUUCUAAUUGGUGUGAUUGAUCGUCUUUAGUAGUUGGCACUGUUG